GAGGAGCACGCCCACAUGGCAGUUUCUUUUCCGAGGUCCGACAAAAAGCAGCCGUGAGUUGCUUGGUAGUGACAGUAUGACUCACCUUCACUGACGACCAAAAGCCAGGAUCCCAAGAGCUGGAAACAGCAACAAAACGUCUAAAUGAUGGCAGAUCAUGGAGAACUGUGUAAUGAGCAGGAGGCCACCUUCUGUAUGAAUGGAGGGACAUGCUACAGAAUAACCUCUAUGGAUUCACUCUCCUGUGUGUGCAACGACGAUUUCAAAGGCAGCAGAUGUGAGCAGUUUCAGCUCCAGAGCAAAAUCACCAACGUAGGGGAGGCCGGGAUGAUUGCAGCCGUGGUCAUUAUCACCCUCCUCAUCCUGCUGGUGCUCGUAUUUGUGAUCUUCUACGUACGCAGGAUGUUGAAAGCCAAGAAACAGAGCCAACAGAACAAGCAGCAGCCACAGUAUUGGAAAGUAAAACCAAGAGUUUAACCUGUAUUUUGAUAAAACAUGAUGUCCUAUCUUGUGGUGUGUUGGAUAGGAUGAUGAAUGAAUUUGAUCAUAUGACUACGAGAGAUGGAGCUGAUUAAUGGUCUCAUCAGUUUUCUGGAUCCAGUUUGUUAAAGAAACGUGUUAUUCAUUAAAUCACAGGGUGUGAAAGUGACUGAUGAAUCAUACCUGGGAUAGUAACACAGCUAAGGAACUUGGCACUGGUGGUUCUCAUGUUAUAUCACGUUUCAUUUCAAUCAAUGUGCUCAGUCUACAAAGUUUUGACGGAGCACAGUUGUUAAUUAAUAAGGAAUUAUGAAACAUAACUUGUAUUAAUUAAGAAAUAUGCACAAUAUGUUAUGAGUAAAUAUUUUGUAAUUGUUUAAUACAUGCAAUGAUCCCUACUGA